AUGAACGUAUCAGAGACACAGCUGUGUGCUCGUCCAAAGGUUUUGGUCUUACUCAACCAGGGCUUGUUUGCUUUUUGCUUGAGUUAAAAGUUUCCUUUCAGAGCUGUGGGAUCGCUGACACUCUUUCAACUGACUUCAGAGGGAAUUUUAUUUUCCAAAUGGCUAAAGAAUGGCUCCUGGCUCUGCUCCUGAUGCUGCUGGCUCAUCAGGAAACCAGAGGCGAGCGCCUGGCGUCGUGUCCAGACUGGUGUCAGUGUUUCACUCCGGCUCAAAUGUUGUGUGCCGAUCCCAGGAUGGCAGAUCUACCCAGAAAUGUUUCGGCAGAGGUCAGGGAGGUCAUUGUGAUGACGUCAGCUGUCCGCUACCUGUUCACCAACACUUUCCAGGACAGUCCACACCUCACCAAGCUUGUUUUUCUGAACAAUGAUCUGCGUAGUGUCCACUCGAGGGCACUGGAGACGUUAACAGAGCUGCAGGAGCUGGAGAUCAGUGGGAACCCCUUGCUGGAACUAUUACUUCCAGGAACUUUUUCAAAGCAGGAAAGGUUGCUUCAUCUUAAGCUGAACUUCAACAAGUUUGCAAUAGUUCCUCCUGUUAUUUUUGAUUCUUUGAAGCAGCUGGAAACUUUGCAAAUGAGGAGUAACAACAUUUCAUCUUUGUCUCCGUUUCUAUUCAUGAACCUGCAAAAGCUGCAGGUUCUUGACUUGUCUCAUAAUAAUCUUUUGGAAGUGACAAAAGACACAUUUGCUGGUCUGCUAAAUCUGCAGAUUCUGAGAAUUAACAGCAACUGUUUGAGCAAUCUGACUGCUGACAUAUUCCACAGCGUGUCCCAGCUCUCUGAGCUUCACUUGGAGGGGAACAAGAUCACAGAACUGAAGGAAGGCACCUUCCAAGUGCUAACAAAACUGAAGGUGCUGAACCUGCGUAGGAAUUUUCUGUCAGUCUUCACUGAUGGAGUGUUUGGAUCUGAGAUUUCACCUCUGACAGAGCUGAAUCUGCAAGACAACAUGCUGACAGAAGUGUCUCCUCUGAGCCGCCUCUCCUCAGUCACACACCUCAUCCUGUCAUUUAACCAGCUGACCAGCCUCCAAGAGAACCUUCUUAGAAACAACACUGCACUAGAGAACCUGGACCUGUCCGGGAACCAGAUAACCAUGGUUCCAGAAACCAUCUUUAAUGAUCUGGUCAGCAUCAGAACCAUCAGUUUUCACAAGAACAACCUAAGCCAGGUGGAUGCCUCUUUGUUCAGGGAUCAGGCAUUUAUUCAGAGGCUCGACCUGUCAGAAAACCAGCUGAAAACUCUUACCGUGGGUUUCUUUGAUCAUUUUUUCCCUGUGCACACAGUGAGGCUGCAUGGAAACCCCUGGAAGUGUGACUGUCACUUGUGGUACCUCCACGACCAGCUGCUUAACAGCAGUCGGAAAGUGGAGAUGCUGAACAGGAUCCAGUGUGAAAGCCCACAGUUUCUGAGGAAGCGGCCGGUGGUCUCCGUGGACAAACAGGAGCUGCUGUGUCACCUGUCUGCAAGUGGGACGGAAGGCAGCAGGUGCAGCCUGCAGGAAUCUGAUGAAACAAUGACAAUUAGAUGUAAAGUGGACAGGUGCUCUCAGAAGACAGUGAAGGUCCAGUUCCAGGAUGAGGAGGGCAGCUUUCAGGAGUUUAUUUUGAAAAACGAGUCUGCAGUUUCACAUUGCAGAAAUGAAACAACAGCGUUGAAAUGAUGAAGACCGUUGUGGAUGAAUGUGUCUUCCUCAGGGUCUGUUCUGUAACAGAACAUGGGGGGGGG